CAAGCUCGAUUGGACAACUGUUUUUACAUUGCCAAUAAAAUGGUCACGGUGAAGGCCUAGUACUAGUGCUUUCUAUCAGGCCUCGCAUAUUUUUGGAUGCCUUUUCUUGACAAGCUGCAACGUGACAGCCUCGUGUAGUUCUCUAACACAGCCUCAAGCUCACAAGUUGGCCUUGCAGCUCGCCCUUAAAUUCUAGGGAUCGCUGAGCACUUACCAUAUCAUUUCCCUUGCACUGGCAGGCCUUCAGUGUACAAGUACUGCAGUUUCAGCUCCCUAACGGGAUUAGCAGUGGUUAUCUUGCAUUCACUAACCGAGGCUAUCGAGUCGCAUACUCCUCCAUCCACAUCAGUCUUUCAGCUGUGUUUGUGACAAACCUUGCAAAAAGCCUUCGAAACAGAUUCCAGCAGCGGGGGAUGAUGUCUGACCUUGAUGAGGCCAUCGAGCUCCAUCGCGCUGCAUUACUCCUCCAUCCCCCCAGUCAUUCGCUUCGAUCCAACUCUCUGAAUAAUCUUGCAAUCAGCCUUCGAGACAGAUUCAAGCAGCGGGGCAUGAUGUCUGACCUCGAUGAGGCCAUCGAGCUCCAUCGGGAUGCAUUACACCUCCGUCCCCACAGUCAUUCAGAUCGAUCCAACUCUCUGAACAAUCUUGCAAUCAGCCUUCAAGACAGAUUCCUGCAGCGGGGCAUGAUGUCUGACCUUGAUGAGGCCAUCGAGCUCCAUCGGGAUGCAUUACUCCUCCGUCCCUCUGGUCAUUCAGAUCGAUCUAUGUCUCUGAACAAUCUUGCAAUCAGCCUUCAGAACAGAUUCCUGCAGCAUGGGGUCAUGUCUGACCUUGAUGAGGCCAUCGAGUUGGAUCGGGAGGCAUUAUUCCUCCGUCCCCCCGGUCAUUCACAUCGAUCGUCGUCUCUGAACAACCUUGCACUCAGCCUUCAAGACAGAUUUCACCAGCGUGGGAUCAUGUCAGACCUCGAUGAGGCCAUCGAGCUGCAUCGGGAUGCAUUACUCCACUGUCCCCCCGGUUAUUCAGGUCGAUCCACGUCUCUGAACAAUCUUGCAAUCAGCCUUCGACACAGAUUCCUGCAGCGGGGCAUGAUAUCUGACCUUGAUGAGGCCAUCGAGCUCCAUCGCGCUGCAUUACUCCUCCGUCCCCCCGGUCAUUCACAUCGAUCCUCGUCUCUGAACAAUCUUGGAAACAGCCUUCAAGACAGAUUUGAGCAGCGGGGCAUGAUGUCUGACCUUGAUGAGGCCAUAGAGCUCCAUCGCGCUGCAUUACUUCUUUGUCCCCCCCGUCACUCACAUCGAUCCUCGUCUCUGAACAAUCUUGCAAACAGCCUUCAAGACAGAUUCGAGCAGCGGGGCAUGAUGUCUGACCUUGAUGAGGCCAUCGAGCUCUAUCGAGUUGGAUUACUCCUCCGUCCCCCCGGUCAUGCAGAUCGAUCUUCUUCUCUGAGCAAUCUUGCAAACAGCCUUCAAGACAGAUUCCGGAAACGGGGCGUCCAGUCUGACCUUGAAGAAGCAUUCAGCUUGUACUCUCAACUCUCCUACCUAUCGCAUGCAGUAUCUCGCAGACGUCUUAAUGCUGCCAAGUCAUGGGCGGCCUCCGCCGACAUCUUCAAUCACCCAUCUGUAUUGCUUGCUUAUAAGAUUGCACUGAACUCCUUGGAUCAGCAAGUUGCUCUCCUGUCGUCGUCUUCGCAUCAUUUCGACGUCAUCAGAGAGGAUGUUUCUUCUCUCGCCACAGAUGCUUUUUCAUGCAGUGUUCGUCGUGGUGCGCUGACGACUGCGGUGGAGUUGGUGGAGCAAGGUCGUGCAGUAUUCUGGACCCAGUUGGCACGCUUCAGCACAUCACUCGAUGAACUUUCUGUUUCAGGUGACGCCGGCAUGGUCUUGGCAGAGGAGUUCAAACGGUUGAGUUUUUGCCUUCGUAACGCGUUCGAUCAGUCUGAAGACCAGUCUCCGCAAAUCCGACAACUGACAAUGCAAUGGGAUGAAGUUGUCUCGCGCGUUCGCAUGCUCUCCGACUUUUCGCGUUUUCUCCUACCUCCACUAUUUUCUGACCUCCAGAAGGCGGCUGAAGAUGGCCCAGUGAUAAUCGUCAAUGCUGGUCAGCACAGCUGCGACGCCUUGAUCAUCCGUAGUGCCGGAGAUCCUGUCCAUGUUCCGCUUGACAUUAAACAAGUCGAGGUGUUCGAAUUCUCCUCAGAGUUCCAAACACUCGCAGAGCAAUUUGGAUCUUCUGAUUAUCAACUUACGCUUGUCGGCAUACUUCGCAAGCUUUGGAAUGAUGUCGUUGACCCCGUAGUCCGAGCUCUCAGGGAGUCUGAAGUUCGCCCUGGUUCGCGUAUCUGGUGGUGUCCCACUGCUGAGUUCACGCUGCUUCCCCUCCAUGCAGCAGGACCAUACGAGAAGGGGAGAGACAAUUUGUCCGACAUUUACAUAUCCUCUUACACCCCCACUGUGGCGACUCUCGUUCGUGCAAGACAGCAGAUUUCUCGAGAUGCGUCUUCGCAACAUUUCGUUGCCAUCGGCCAAGGCAACCCGGUUGAAGGGAAGGAGCUCAAAUGUGUCACUCCUGAGCUAGCCGUCGUCGCUCGCCACGUUACUCCCGUCAUCUCCUUCACAUCCCUCGAGGAUGGCGACGCGACAGUCGAGGGUGCACUCGAUGCACUCGACCGUAAUCAAUGGCUCCAUCUUGCCUGCCAUGGAAUGCCGCAUCGGACGCAGCCGUUUGAGUCUUCCUUCGCCAUGCACGACGGGCCUUUAAUGAUCAAGGCUAUCAUCCGAUCCAACUCGCAGAACCCACAGUUUGCAUUCUUAUCAGCCUGCCACACUACCGUUGGCGAUAAAAAGAGCCCGGAUGAGUCGAUCCAUCUUGCUGCGGCCAUGCAAUUCUGCGGAUUUCGCAGUGUAAUCGGUUCCAUGUGGUCUGUUGACGACGAGGUUGCACGCGAAGUCGUAUCUGCUUUUUACCGCAAGUUGAUUGGUGGUUCAAAAAGACUGGACUGCACAGGGGCUGCAGUAGCGCUGCACAAGGCUGUGAGAUCGUUGCGCAAGAAGAAUAUUCCGUUGGAACAGCAGAUUGUAUUUGUUCACAUAGGUGUGUAG